GACAUCCGAACUAACGAGCUCCACGAGCAGUGAAUCGGUAGUAACGCAUCGAUCUCGUUCAGGACGAUGAGACAUCUAGCCGUUGCGCUUCUCACCCUAUGCGCCCUUUCCCCUGGCGUCGUUCUCGCCGAAGAAGGGCAGUACACCACGAAAUUCGACAAUGUGGACGUCGACGGGAUCAUAAACAGCGAGAGGCUGCUAAACGGAUACGUGGGUUGUCUGCUCGAUCGGAAUCCUUGCACUCCGGAUGCGGCGGAACUAAAAAAAAAUCUGCCGGAUGCGUUGGAACACGACUGCGCGGGAUGCAGCGCGGCACAGAAGAACGCGGCCGACAAAAUCUCUCACCAUUUGAUCGACAACAAGCAGGAUGAAUGGAGGUUGCUGGAGGAAAAGUACGAUCCUACUGGGGCGUACCGACGACGUUACCUGGAGAACAAGUCCCAGGAGGGAAGUAGACUCGACUAGGUCGUCUUUACCACGUCGUCGAGGUGUCGAUAUCGAGGCUGACCUUCGCUAUACUUUCGGACUCCGAUUGCUUUGUCUCGUGAUUCUCGUCACAUGGCAGUUCUACCUUACGUAACAGUUGCGCAACAAAGACAUCCUUAUACAUAUUGAGAAAGGAUCGGUCUGGAGAAAUAUCUAGUUUUCCUAGCGCGACAUUCCGCAUCGAUUUGUUUCGCAUAAUUUUACUCGUUGUCUGGAAUUUAACUUAAUCAUUGGCUUCAAAACGAAUCCGCGUGCGCCCGCCACACGUAAACCAAAGAGAAUACAUGUCAUUAGUUUAUACAAAUUAAUUUUAACAAUUAAUACAAAUUAAUUUCAUUUCGAAGAGAAUCGCGUAAUAUUAGAUGAAACAACUCGCCGUAAUCGAUCGUAAUUUGGCGCGUAAAGGCGGACGAGGCAAUUCAAUCGUCCUUGCAUAACGGCAAAGAAAAAGUUGUUUGUCCCAUUUGUUAUAUUUCUCUGUGCUUAUCUAAUAACCGUUUUCCACGCUUGUUACGUCUCACAGGAUAUUAAUUAUUACGCGUAUAUAAGUCUUUACACUUGUCUAUCAUAUAUUAUGCACACAUACACAUGCAUAUCUAUCCGCCGUUAUCGAUACUUACAUUAAAUAUUACUUAAUUACAUUAAAUAUUACUUAAUUAAACGAA